CUCGCCAUGAGUGGUAGUGAUAAUGGUGGUGGUGGUGGUGGUGGUGGUGGUGGUAAUAGUAGGAGCCCUCCUCUUCCUCCUCGUUCUCCUUCUCCGUCUCCCUCUUCCUCUCGAGCUCUGGAAAUGGAGGAUCCGGGGCCGUACGACGAUAUGGUGAGGGUGAUCGAAGCCUCCUUCUCCCGCAUCAAGUGGCGCCUCAGGCCCCGCCCCAAGCGCCGCCUCCUCAAUGAUAUUCUGUUCCUGUGCACUGGACUGAGGCCCGUGGUGCUGGUCGACUAUGGUGGAAUCAUGCCUAAACUCCACGAGAAUCUUUGUGCGCUGCUCGACCAUGCUCGAAAGGAAUCAGCUAUUUUACGCCAGCUGAAGGUGAUGGUAAUAGACGAUAUGGCUUAUAUAAUUCAUGACAAAGAACUUGCUGAGCAUGUAUCGUGGAGCCUUAGCCGGCAGCAGCAGCAGCAGUUUGUUUUUCUGGAUAUCGAGCAAAACCCUCCAAAUGUGCUUCCCAUCUUCCGUAAAGCAAUGCUCUCAAGCGUAGAAGAUAGUGAGCUCAUAUCAGAAUUUGUCUCGAUCCAAAAGCUAUUUUCAUCAGUAUUUCCAGUGAAAGAAGCCAACAGAUAUCUCCCAGCUGAUGAACCACCUUCCAUGGUAACUGCAGAAAAGGAAUUGAUGGAAUCUAAGAAUGUUAAUGUGGCUUACAUCAGUGAUAGUACUGAGAAAGCCUCUGAGGAUAUUAAUGAUUUAUGUACUUUCCUACAUAAUGCUCGGAUUACCCUUCCAUCCUUGAAUGGGUGGCUUCUAGGUUACCCAGUGACGUAUUUGUUCAGCAGGGAGCAAGGCGAGAAAGCGAUGCGGAAUCUCUCAGACCAGUCUCUUCAUAUCUUCAGAGUCUAUGUUAGCAGAAAGCAAAAGCCUGGAGAGAGACUUACGGAAUAUGAACUACUGAGUUUCACAGUUCCUUGCUGUUUGAGCACGUGGCGAGAUAAAGAGCCGUGGAUGGAGGCAUUUCUCGCGCGCAUGACCGCAAAGGUCGCGAGGAGCAAGCAUAUCUGGGCGUCAAUGCGGGUGGAGAUCGAGAACAGCCAAAGCCAUAGCCAAACCAUCGUGUUAUAGUUCAAUUCAAAGUCCAUUGUAAAAUUAAGUUUCACGUGCACUUUAACAGUUACUGCAUUAAUUCAUAAUCAACCAAUUUGUCUAACAAAAAAGAAAAAAGUAGAACAAAUUGAGAGGCACAAUCAUGUUGUAGAUCUCAAAAUAGAUCUCAAAGAAAGGAAUGGUUUCAUCAAA